AUUUGUGCAGUCAUCGCCGAUCAUGGUGGUUUUGGGCUGAAAGUGUUAAAAAGGAAUUUCCAGAAAAAUUCUACGCAGUUAAAGUGAAAAAUUGGGCAGAUUUCAAAAAUGGCAAAUUUAUAGAUAACGAGGAUUACAGGGUUAUCAUGGGCCAUGAUUGUCCUACGGACAUUUCAGGUGACUAUUACUUGCAAACUAAUGGUGUCCCACCAUAUGCAAGGAACCUUGCUGGCGUAAGUUAUGUUCACCCGACGAAGCUUAAAGGAAAUACUCCCGAUGAAUCUAAAAAAAGUGGAGUCAACAAAAACAUAGCACAUGGAUAAUUUUUCAUAGUAUACCAUAAAUUAAGUUUUUUUCUGAAAACAUGUAUACAUAUUUGUAAAUUAUCUGUUCGCUACUACAUAUGGCCAAUUCUACGGCUGGUAACGUUACAUUCGCACGAAGUUUUUAUUUAGUUUAGAUGAAAUGGCCACAAAGAUACAACAAAGAUCUAAGAUUUUCAGGCUUAGGUUAUUAAACAAAGCUAAAUCUA